UUUGCUGGUACUGGUAAUAUUAUUCAGGGGCAUAAACAACCUUAUAAAGUUCACGAGCAAUCGGGCGUUGAAGAACCUCCUUCCAGGCUCAGAAAGAGAAACCAUUCAACAAAUUAUGCCGAAAGCUCAUCGAGAGAGGAAACGAAUUCAGAUUACGAGGAGAAAUCAAAGAGAGUGAUGGAUCCACUUGCAUCAGUAAUCGUAUUAAUUAAACCAUGCCCAUAUUCUACAUUUACUCCAUAUGAAUGGAAGCAAAUAAUUAAUACCAAUCCUUACACUGUCAAAGAGUCGGUUUGGACCAACCCCUUCGCAUCUUCAUUAUCUGAGGCAUGCAAUAAUAUUGCAAUUGGAUUAGAUGGCAAUUUCAUAUUGAAUGAUGGAAGUGAUCUGGAAGACUUACCGUCAGUACAAAUAAAAAGAACCACGGAAAAUGAGCAUCGAUUUAAUUAUUUAGAUCCUUUGUUGAGACCAUUUUUCUGUGGAGAUUCAAAAGACUACGAAAUAAGGAUGGAUAAAAAUUUUAGCUGUAGAAUCAAUGAUAUUACAAUAUUAAAUUCCGAAAUAAAGCCAUUGGGUUGCACGGAAUUACAAAAAAAUAAAGAUUUCGUUAAGGCACAUUUACGGUCUAAAAGAUCAAUAAAUCAGCUUUUAAAUGAAGGCG